CGGCGGGCGCGGGGCUGCGGCGGCUCGCGCCCGGGAGACAAAGGCGGGGCGCGAGCCCACGUUCCGCGGCUCCGGCGGCCCAGCGCCCCGCCCGGGGCUGGGGGAAGGGGAGGGCCCGCCGCUCGGGGAGGAACAAUGAGGGCGGCGGCCCCGCCCCUUGGCGGCCCUGGGCGAUCGGCGCGCCGCCUCGCGGUGCCGGAGCCGGGAGUCCGGGCGCGGGCGCGGGCGCGGCGGCGCCGGCGGCCCGCACGUGUGCAGGGGGAGGGGGCGUCCCGGCCGCCCGCACGUGGGGCCGCCGCCGCGCGCAGAUGCAGAGAGCGCGGCCUCGGCGGGCCCGGGGCCCCAACACGUGGCUCCUCGCUGCGCGCGUGCGUCGGUCACCCGGCCCCGGCGCCCGGUGCGGGCCCGAACGCCAAAGAGCGUGGGUCCCGGCCUCUGCCUCCUCGGGUGCGCGCGUAGGAGACCGAGGGGCACCGGGGCGCGCUGCCCACCCAGGUCGAUUCGGGCACAGCGCACCCUGGGGGCCCAGCGGAGCCCACCACCACCAGACUGGCGGCCCUCAAGCAGGUGCAGCCCAUCGGUCGCGCGGAGCCUCCCAGGUGCCGCCGUGGCCCCCGCCCGGCUCCGUGGCCACAGGCCCAAGCCCGCCGGCCUCAGGUGCUGGGGUCGGCCUCGUGGGCAGGUGGGGCGCAGGCCCGGAAGUCAGAGGAGGAAAGUUGGUGUUGAGUUUAAGCCGUAGGAGCGCGACCUCUUGCGCCCCACCGUACCACCUCCCAGGCUGCUAGUCUUUUAGAAGUUCCCGCAGAAAAACGGGUGUUGUGGCCGCCCCGACCUGGAUCCUCCCCAACUGGGACACCCCCUCCCUCCAACCCCAACACCACCGCCGCUUUGCCAAGAGAGAAGCCAGAUUCCGGAUUCCUACUUGGGAGGACGUGGCAGCAGCUUGGUGGUAGGCGACAGGAAAAAGGACAAGUGCCCCAACUGGAUGGAAAGCCAGCCCUGGGCCCAGACCCACACCUCCCUGCUGAGACAGCUGCGGUGGAUCGGGCGGUCUCUGCCACCUCACCUUGGGCCGCUGCAGCUUGGUUUAAGGAGUCUUCCCAGAAGCCUGACAGCAGCACAAAGCAAUAAGAAAAAAAUACAGGUUUUGAAAAAUUGGUCAUAAG